GGUUAUUUCUGGACGGAGAGGCAGUGGUAACAUCCAGAAAUUCACAAGCGGGUGUAUCUCUGGCCAAACUGUCUGCCCCCUUCCCCACCCCCCUCCAAGUUGAUCACAGUUCUUGGCACUUUCGGUGCCCUUUAAAACAUGUGCACUUCCAGCCCCUGCUGCUCCGAAGAGCUGGUGGGGGGAUCCGGGGAAUGAAGGGCCUCUGCACCCUCCAGUCUCUGUCACUUGCUUUUCGAGCCUGGCCCCACCUCUCCAGGCCUCUCUGUGCUCCCCUCCCACACGCACACUGCCUCCCACCCCCUCGCACUAUCAAUGUGAGAGCAGGGCUGCUCCACCCCCCUUCAAACCCCGCCAGCCGGGCUGCUGUGAGGACUCCUGCUGCCAGGAAGGGGCACACCUGGGUUAGAACUCAGCCGUCCUCCAGCAGAGCCCUUCUGCUCCGGGUGCCAGGUCCUGACCCAGUAGGUUCCCCACACCCAGCGGGUCUGGAGAGAUGCAGCGACUCCGGGAGGACGUCACCUGCUCCAUCUGCCUGGAUGUCUUGAAUGACCCCGUCUCCAUCGAAUGCGGCCACAACUUCUGCCGGGGCUGCCUCGCGGCUCACUGGAUCGGGGUCUCGGCCUGGGGGUCCCAGUGCCCUGAGUGCCGGGCUCCCUGUUCCAGGGACAGGAUGAUCCCAGACACGCGGCUGAGAGCCCUGGUGGAGAAAAUCACAGCACCCCUGCGGGAAGAGAUGGAGCCACAGGGGCCGGGGGCUCAGCCGGAGCCGGGGCGCCCGGUGCAGCUGGUGCAUCUGGACGAGGAAGGGGACCUGAUCCUGGACGAGGAGGCCCUGAGCCGCUGCCUGGAGCAGGGUGGGGUGGGGGCCGCCCCCGUCUGCCUGGUGUCCAUCAUCGGGGAGCAGCGCCGGGGCAAAUCCUUCCUGAUGAACUGCCUGCUGCGCCGGCUCCAAAGCCCGAACCAAGAGCGCAUGGCCCUGGGAGGGUUUGAAUGUCGUGCCGGGACGGCGACCGUGACGAAGGGGGUGUGGAUGUGGGGCCAGCCCCUCUGGGUCCAGGCCCAGGGGAGAAAGGUGGCCGUGUUCCUGGUGGACACCGAGGGCUCCCUGGACCUGCAGCGCCGCAUGGAGACCAGCAUCAAGCUCUCCGUGUUCAGCAUAUUGCUCAGCUCCUACUGGAUUUUUAACAUUUCCAGCACGUUUACCCGGACGGAGGCAGAUUAUUUGGAGAUGUUCGUUCAUGUUGCAAAGGAGGUCGGAGAGACCUGCAAUCUGCCCCCAAUCCAGCGCCUGGACCUGUUGGUGCGAGACUGGCAGCUCUCCGGAGCCUAUGGCGCAGAUGAGGGACAGGGGUAUCUCAAAGACAUCACACGGGACCUGGAGGAUUCUGCCGAGCAGCCCCUGGUGUUGGGAGCCCUGAGGGCGAGAGGGACCCAGUGCUACCUACUGCCCCACCCUGGCACUCGGUUCACCAAGAGCAGGGCAGGGACACCAGGCGACAUGGACGAGGAUUUCCGGCAGUGCCUGCGGAACUACGUCACCAGCGUGGUGCGCUCAGCAGGGACACACGUCCGGAUGGACCGAGCCGGGCAAGUGCUGACGGGGGCUCAGCUGGCUGCCAGGAUCAAGGGCGUCUCCCGAUACUUGAAGACCAAAUGCUACGACUUCUCCUCCCCUGUGAAGAUGGCUGAAGCAUUUGCAGCGAUGAGACAGGAGAAAAACAGCAAAGCAGUAGAAGCCGCCAGGAGGGAAUAUGAACAAUUUGUGCAGGAGCUGGACCGUGGCCACCAGAGUAUAACCUGCUGCCUGAGGGUGAAGCCUGAGGAGAUGAAGAGAUGGCUGGAGGGGAAACAACAGGAGCUGCUGAAGCAUUGCCGGGGGGAGCUGCUGGGCGAGGACCCCCAGAAACAGAAGGCCCUGAUGGUGCUGGAGCAGGGGCUGGCCGGGAAGACGUCCCAGUUCCUAACGGCCUACGGACAGCGCUUUAAAGAGAAGGCCCUGCGGUUGGGCCUGUACAUUGGAGGGAGUGUCCUGGCUGUGGUGGGUGCGGGUGUUGUGGCCGGCAUCAGCCCAAGUGUGGUGAUCAAGGUUGGAGUGGGGGGGCUUGUCCUGAUCAGGAGGAUGGUGGGAAGAUGGAUGUGGGCCUAAUUUGGAUGGUUUUAGAAUACAACAGGCACCAACGCCCCAAGGCAGGGGGAUGAGGGGCAGGGUGUUCAGAUCAGGAGCCCCGGCUGCAGGGGGACACAUAGUGAGAACGAACCAUCGCCUCCCAUCCCGGGCAAGACUCUGUCCAGCCCUGAGCACUGGGAACCUCUAGGCAAAGGAAUAGAUAGAUAGAUAGAUGGGGUGGAUGGGGAUAGUUAGAUAGAUAGAUAGAUGAUAGAUUUCUGGGAAUAGACAGAAAUAACUCACAACAAGUAGCUAGAUUUCAAAAGGACAUAGCCAUUGAUCGAUUUACAGCCGAAUGAGCGAGAUCAGAAUCCAGCCCCGACCGCAUUGACAUCAGUCGAUCAAUAACCCGGCCCUGGCUCUGGUGCUCCAAGCCGGCCCCAUUGGCCCACGAAAGCUUAUGUCCAAAUAAAUUUAUUAGUCUCUAAGGUGCCACAAGGACUCCUCAUUGUUUUUUCAGUUAUAUUUGGUUUUCAUUUUCAAAAACGGGGGGUGGGAGAUGUGACAUAAUAUUGCAUAUGCUUUAUGAAAAUAUACUUGAUGUGAAUGUCAUAACUGAAAUAUGCUUUAUGCAAGAUGGCUCAUGUGCAGUAUCAUUGGAAAGGUUACAAUUUACUAAAUGUGAUUAUCCCA